AUGAGCCCGCAGUACUCCCUGCGCUCCCUGCUGCUGGUCAUCCUCGCCGCCUUCUCGGCCAACGCCAGCAACUGGCUGUACCUGGCAAAGCUGUCCUCAGUGGGGAGUAUUUCCGAGGAAGAGACCUGUGAGAAACUGAAAGGGUUAAUCCAGCGCCAAGUGCAGAUGUGCAAGAGGAACUUGGAGGUGAUGGACUCGGUGCGUCGGGGAGCCCAGCUGGCCAUUGAGGAGUGCCAGUACCAAUUCCGGAACCGUCGCUGGAACUGCUCCACGCUGGACACCCUGCCAGUCUUUGGCAAGGUAGUGACACAAGGGACACGGGAAGCAGCGUUUGUGUAUGCCAUCUCCUCAGCGGGGGUGGCCUUUGCAGUGACUCGAGCCUGCAGCAGUGGAGAGCUGGAGAAGUGUGGCUGUGAUGGGACUGUGCAUGGUGUCAGUCCUCAGGGCUUCCAGUGGUCUGGCUGUUCUGAUAACAUCGCCUACGGAGUGGCCUUCUCACAGUCUUUCGUUGAUGUCCGGGAGAGAAGCAAAGGCGCCUCCUCCAGCAGGGCGCUCAUGAACCUCCAUAAUAAUGAGGCUGGAAGGAAGGCUAUCCUGAACAACAUGCGAGUAGAGUGCAAAUGCCAUGGUGUGUCAGGCUCAUGCGAGGUGAAGACCUGUUGGAAAGCAAUGCCUCCCUUCCGCAAAGUGGGCAACAUGUUAAAGGAGAAAUUUGAUGGGGCCACAGAAGUUGAGCAGAGAAAGAUCGGCUCCACCAAAGUCCUGGUGCCAAAAAACUCCCAGUUCAAACCACACACGGAUGAGGACCUGGUAUACCUGGACUCCAGCCCUGACUUCUGUGAUCAUGACCUAAAGAAUGGGGUCCUGGGGACCAGUGGCCGUCAAUGCAACAAGACUUCCAAAGCUAUUGAUGGCUGUGAGCUUAUGUGCUGUGGGCGGGGCUUUCACACAGACGAAGUGGAGGUGGUGGAAAGGUGCAGUUGCAAGUUCCACUGGUGCUGCUUUGUCAAAUGUAAACAGUGCCACCGAGUGGUAGAAAUGCAUACGUGCCGGUGAUGCCAGGAUGGUAGCUCCCCUCUAUAACUGACCCUUCCUCUCCCCUGCCUGUUGCCCAGGUCUGGAGGAGGUGAUCCAGAUGCCUCAAGGAGAGGGUUGUGUAAAGAGACACCGAGUGCAAGAGAAAGAUAUUUAAAGUUCCAAAAGUGAUUGUUGUAUUUUUGCCUUUAUUUAUUGCCGAAGCCAGAGCCCUCCUGAACUGCAUGUGCUGGAAGGGUCGCACAUGUGCUCGAUGCUGCUGCUGGGCUGGGGCCAGGCAAGGGACCUUUGUGGUGCCUGCCCCCAAGUACCUGCCUCCGUCAGACGAACUCCCACUGACUGACCAAUGGAACAUUUCGGUCCGCGUAGAUUUUAAACUGUAACAAAACCUAGCGUUAGGCACUUUUAUAUUGGUCUUUUAUAUUAC